AUGCGGGUAGUGCUGCUGACCGCCCUUCUUGCUUUGGUCUCUGUGCCCAGGGCUCAGGCAGUGUGGCUGGGAAGGCUGGACCCUAAGCAGCUUCUUGGGCCCUGGUACAUCCUGGCCGUGGCCUCCCGGGAAAAGAACUUCAUGGUGGAGAAGGACGUGAAGAACGUUGAAGGUGUCAUGGUGACGCUCACUCCAGAAAACAAGUUGAGGGUGCAGUCGUCUCGGCACGGGUUGGACGGGUGCCACCAGAGCACAAUGGAGCUGCUGAAGCGAGAUUCCAGAUGGGUAUUUGAGAACCCCUCCCUGGGUGUGCUGGAUUUCCGGGUACUGAGUACCAACUUCAAAGACUUUGCUGUCGUCUUCACCCAGCUGGAGUUCGGGGACGAGGCCUUCAACACUGUGGAGCUGUACAGCCGGACAGAGAUGGCCAGCCCAGAGGCAACACAGCUCUUCACCAAGUGGAGCAGGGGUCUGGGCUUCCUGUCUGAGCAGCAGGCCCAGCUACAGAAGGACCUCACCUGUGCAAACAAGAUUCUCCAGGUCAGCCUCCCUGUGCCUGACCCCUGGCUCUCCAGGGUCCCUGGGAGGACCCUCACCCAAAUUCAGGCAGUUGAUGCCAUGACUGACGAGCCCGAGGUGCGGGCAUUGGCUUCUUGCUCCCGCAGGCCCUUGUUGGACUCAGAAUAA